AUGUCUACCCUCGAUUCCCUAGCGCCCGAACUUAUCCAGCGAAUCGGUGCAGAGUUGGGGAACAAUGUUACAGAAUUGCGCCUCGUUUGCAAGAGGAUGAGCAGCGUACUCGAAUCGCACAUUCUCCGAUCGAUUACCAUUGACAUUACAAAGCCUCGACUUGAUGUUGGCAUAUCACGACUCACGACGCUGGCGACGCAGGGCAAUCGCGCGGCGACAGCCACACGCGACCUGCACAUGCGUAACCUCUGUCCUUUGGAGGACCCAUCCAAUCCGAGUCGCUUCCCUACUUUGGUGUUUGACCCAGAUACGGGGGGAUGGGUGGAGCCGCCGCCCACUCCAUGCCCACCUGACGUGAAGAUUGCUGAGGAAAAGAUGCAGGUCAUGCUUCAGGUGGCCAUCGCCUCUUUAAGCAACUUGCGAAGUUUCAAAUGGACUAUUGGUAGGUACGAUUCAGAGUGGGCGCCAACAGCAGUCAUGAAUGCCGUCAGAACUCUUCCCCUCCUUGAAUCCUUGGAGCUCAUUAUAGAAGGUUUUAAUGGGCCAGACCUCCAGCUACAAUCUCUACGUAAUCUGCAGAGCAUCAAGAUAUCUGCGCGCAGCAACGAUUAUUUCAUGAAAAUCAUUGAACCCCUUUCGCUCUUGAUUGCAAACUCGCCAAACCUGCACACCCUUCAUUUGCGACCUAUGUACAGUUCACAAGCAUCCCUUCAUCGUCUUCUGGGGAACUGCCCUCCAAACCUCGUCUUACCACUACAGCAUCUGAGUUUGCAGGGAUUCUCACUGAAGCUCGACAGAAUAACACUUCCUCAUCUCCACCGCCUGACGUCCCUGACACUACACAAUUGCUUGACAACGGAGUCUGGCCCAGAUGGGGCGCAUGUUAGUAUGGCGAAAACCUCGCAUCGACACGAUAUAUGGGUGGUAUUGAAGACGACCGAUGUCCGUCUCAACGGCAUUGAUGUGAACCAUGUCUCUACCACCCUUCUCGAUUAUAUCUCAUCGUACUCGGGAUUGAAGAAACUGCGUCUGGCCUAUAUAAACUUCGGGACAAAGGAACGAUCUGAUCUUGCCGCCAAUCAAUUUUAUAACCUUUGCUUAGGCAAGCAUACGAGCUCGAUUGAAGAACUCAUUAUUAGGCCUAAGUAUGAAGGAGGGUGGUGCUUCGGAGACCAAGCUCUCAUUUUGAUCUCGCUAUGCAAGAAGUUGAAGAUCCUCGAGGGUAGCCUCGUCUCGGCAGCCCUCGAUGAUGCUGCGAAGUCGUUGAUUGACGCUACCACCCAACUCCCUCACAUGGAGAAACUGACCGUUCAUCCUGCGCACUUGGAGGACUUCCGGAUGACCUGUGAUUACUGGAGUGACGAAUCACUGCCGGAGACGUCGCCGUCGAGGAGCCAUCUUAAGGAUGUGAUGACGCGGCUCUCAAGGUGCAUUAGAGAGUACGGGGUAACUGAGUCUUCUGAACCCGUUCCCUUGAUCCUCGUAGGCUCAAGGAAGUUUAUGAUGACGCCGAGUGAGGCUGCUGGAUGUGCUGGUGGAGCGUUGAGGUAUCAGUGCGACUCUGAUGAGCCUGAGCCUGACGACAGUGAUGAUAGCGAUUGCUGA